AUGAAGAGGAAGCGACCGAGCAGAACAGCUCAGCGCGCAAACAAAAAGCAAAAGCUCCUCGCACAAUUAACGGAGCGACCUUCGCAUGCACUUCUCGAACAGUAUUAUCCUCAAGUUGUAACUCUGCGCCAGUAUCUCGCGUCGCGGUUGCCGAAGAAGCGACGAAGGAAACUGCAGCAUUACGGACGAGAUGCCACUGCAAAGGAUGAUAGUCCACUACUUGAUCUGCUCGAUACCACUCUUGUUGGAUCCUUCAAGCAUGUUCAGGUGGACGACAGCAGCUUCGUUGAUGAUGACAUUUCACUAUUCACACAGCAGAUUUCAGAGAAUGGCACUGCUCCGUCUUUGACUCCAGGCAAGUUGAAGCAGCCUGAGAUUGUCGACUAUGCGAUAUGGAAGCUGUUUCGCAAGCAAGCAAGUAACCUGCGGCUGCAGCAUCUUCUUUGCCAGAACUAUCAGCGAUACCUCAGUGUGAAUGACAGUGGUCCAGGUCCCGAGAUAGUUCCCGGAAUUCCUGGCGUGUAUUCGAAUGGACCUCACGAGAAUGUCGACACUUUAAGAAGCCACCCUUGGACAGCAGUCCCAGAUGUGCUGGGUCGCGGGGCUGAACGCAUCGUGGCGGAUAUGCUGAUGGAAUGCGGUCUUUUCGCACCGAUCGGAGAUGCAAGUAACUUCGUGCAGAUCUCUGGCGUGCCGAUGAGCGACCUCCCAGUACUCGCGAACAGUUCGAAAAGCACCACAUCCGUGAGUGAGGUUCAGUAUGGAGUACCUUCAAACGAGCCAAGGCCGCAACGUAGCAAGCGCAAACUGACUGAGAUACGCUUCCUGCGCCACCGUAUGCUAUAUGCGCAGCCGAUGCUCAAUGCCAAAGGCUACGCGCGUUUCGGGCUGCAUCAGACACACGCCUUCAAUCGCUUUUCUGAUAUCCAGGACAGAAGCCAGACGCACCAUUUGAUGAAGUACAUCUUCCCACUGCAAUUCGGACUGCACAACGUUCUCACAUCAGACGUGGAUCACAAGGAGACCGCUUAUGCGUUCAAGGACUACACCAUUCGCGAGAAGGAAAUUGCUAGACUGCAUCGCGCUCGACAGCAGAAACGGCCAGCCGGGAACGAGAUUGGGCAGGCUCGGCGUCCAGCAUUACCAAAGCGACUACGAGGAGCGGCAGAAGUACUAGUGGCACGAAUUCGGAAACGACAUAUGAAGUGCGCCUAUUCGGCUCUGUUGGAACACUACUGCCCAAGACACAAUACACCAGCUCAGGGCCAGCAAAACUCGCUGGACCGUGCCUGUAGCCUCGCCGAAGUGUCCUCCUUCUGCCGUGCAGCGGUUAUGAGGGUAUUUCGAAAGGAUCUAUGGGGCACGGGUGAGGCCAGUUCGAGCAAUGUGAAGGUUCUCCUUUCCAACGUCGACACCUUUGUCCGCCUACGCAGGUAUGAGACCUUGAGCCUACAUGAUGUAGUGCAGAAGAUGUCUCUGGAUGUCGACUGGCUCCAACCACAGAACCAGGACCGGGGAGCGCGCCUCAGCGCUACCGAUUUUGCCAAAAGGAAGGAGUUGAUGUCCGAGAUAUUGUACUAUCUCUUCGACUCAUUUCUCAUUCCACUGAUCCGGGGCCAUUUCCACGUCACCGAGUCCAACGGUCAGCGUAAUCAGCUCUUCUAUUUCAGACAGGACGUGUGGAAAGCACUGUGUGAGCCUGCCAUGGAGUCUUUGAGAGUCGACAUGCUCGAGCAGUGCAAGAAUGGAUACGACAGCACUUCGACUAGACAACUUGGCGUCAGCCAUGUGCGUCUCGUGCCAAAAGAGAGCGGCAUGCGUCCGAUUAUCAACCUGCGACGACGGAUACAGAAGAUGCAACAUGGCCGAUUGGUACUAGGCAGAAGCAUCAACAGCCUACUGACACCAACCUUUAGCAUAUUGAACUAUGAGAAAGCUCGAGGCCGGCACAAUCUUGGCUCUGCGCUUUUCUCUGUCGACGACAUCUUCCCGCGACUACAGAGAUAUCGUCAGUCAUUGCAAGAUAAAGGCUUACUCGGCGAGGCACUUUACUUUGCGAAGGUCGAUGUGCAAGGUUGCUUUGACAGUAUCCCUCAAGAUCGCUUGAUGGAACUAGCCAGGCUAAUCAUAAACGACAACGAGUACCAGAUCUCCAGGUAUUCGAGAGCGAAGCUUCUUGGAUCACACAAUAAAGAGACGCCUGGCUUUGGGACGAAACCAUCGUGGAAGUUCUUGACCAAAGCAGGAUCAGCUGACAGACCGUUUGACUUUCGAGACGAGGUCAAAGACGACAUAAUAGAAGGCCGACGACGAGCAGUGUACAUCAAUGGACUCGCACCAAAGCGCGAAAGCCGACAAGCCGUCCUUGCAUUGCUCCAGGAACACGUCCAGUCCAACUUGAUACAGAUCGGUAAACGGUUAUACCGACAAAAGAAAGGCAUACCGCAAGGCUCAAUCAUCUCCAGUCUGCUGUGCAGCUACUUCUAUGCUGAUAUGGAGCGUGAAGUGCUUGCUUUUCUUGACGAUGGCAAGAGCAUCUUACUUCGCUUGAUAGAUGACUUUCUGGUCAUCAGCACAGAUCGGGAGGUAGCAGAGCAAUUCAUGCACACAAUGCAUGCUGGUGUCGCAGAGUAUGGUGCGCACGUAAGGCUGGACAAGAGUCGUGCAAAUUUUGAUCUCGAAAUCAAUGGCAGCGCCAUUCCGAAGACGACUGCAAUCGAGUUCCCGUACUGUGGAAAUGCAAUCGAUACGCGGACCCUCGACCUCACCAAGGACCGCGAGAGGCGGAAGAAGACAAAUAUCGCUGACUCCGUUGCUGUCGAGUACACCAAGCUACCAGGUCAGACGUUCUAUCGCAAGCUCUUGAAUGCAUUGAAGCUGCAGAUGCGAGCAAUGCUACUUUCAACCUCAUACAACUCACCCUGCACUGUACUGACGAACCUCUACCAUAUCUUCGUUGAAGUUGCCCAGAAAAGCUAUCAUUACAUCCGAUCGCUUCCACAUGGCAAGCAACCGCCCGGCAAGCUUACGAUCAGAGCCAUUGACGACAUGGUCAAGCUCGCUUGUGUUCUCAUGAAACAUCGGAGGCGGACGAGCAAAGACGUCAUACCAUAUGAGUGCUGCAUUACAGGAGCACAGGCGCGAUGGCUCGCCUGCACGUCAUUCGUCAUGGUGUUUGGUCGCCGCCAGACCAAGCAUCAAAUGCUGCUUGCUUGGUUAAAGGUUCAGCUGGGAUCGCCUGCUCUACGAGCCCAGGCACAUUUAUUGCAGCCUGUUGUCGUCAAGUAUGGUUCUGUCUAG